AUGUGCCCCGGGAUCACGUUCGGGCUCGCCGUCAUGGAGGUCGCGCUGGCGAGCCUCCUCUUCCAUUUCGACUGGGAGCUCCCCGGGGGGACGGAGGAGCUGGACAUGGCGGAGGCGUUCGGGAUCACGGCGAGGAGGAAGAGCGACCUGUGGCUGCAUGCCACCGUCGUCGUGCCACCUCUGAGUAACACACAUGCUAGAGUAAAUCACACAGAGCAAAGCAAAGCAAAUGGCUCCAGAGGGACGGACUUCCAGCUUGUGCCGUUCGGGGCGGGGCGGAGGAUGUGCCCCGGGAUCACGUUCGGGCUCGCCGUCAUGGAGGUCGCGCUGGCGAGCCUCCUCUUCCAUUUCGACUGGGAGCUCCCCGGGGGGACGGAGGAGCUGGACAUGGCGGAGGCGUUCGGGAUCACGGCGAGGAGGAAGAGCGACCUGUGGCUGCAUGCCACCGUCGUCGUGCCACCUCUGUAA